AAGUGAUCGGGAAGUUUUGUGGAUGUUCUAACAUGUUGUGGGAGCUUCUCAACUCGUCUCGCCGAUCAACAGAGCCUCAACAUGCCGCACUUUAAGCGUCGCUUGCGAAAUCGAGCGCUUUACUAUCACUCAUCACCGCCCAAAGACAGGUGGUUUCCAUCCACAUUCCGGUUCCGUCCUCAGUGUCGAGCACAAGGGUUGAACGCUUCAGACACGGAAUGGAGAGCGCCUAACCCAGUUCUGGGCAGCACUCGAGACCCAGUGAAGACUGUCAAGUUCACAGUUGAGUGUUGGACUCACGAGUGCCUCCGGCGUGACUCGCGGUGCGGAAUUCUUGUGACUUUGUCCGAUUUAUUGCAGCCGCAUUCGAUCGACAACUGCAGAAGCGGAAAGUGUCACUUUUCCCCACGUGAGAGAGAGAGAGAGAGAAAGAGCGGAUUUUCCGAACUCACCAUGGAGGAGAAUCUUAGCAAAAUUCGCGAGGAUGAAGUCGUGAACGUAAAGCCAGCGAACAUUCGCAUCUGGAUUCACGAUAAAGACAUACCGAAGCUGACUAAAGUCCUGUGGGCAGGUCAAGGCAUGAAAUUGCGAUCGGAGAUUAGCACUCAUCCCAGAAUGAGGAGAUUUCUCGAGGCUGUACCAUACAUUCUGAAUGUGAUAAAAGACGCCCACUCGGCGUGCGUGGAUAAUGACCUGGACUACCUGAUGAAGCGCACCGCGCAUCCCGUCCCGCCGAUCUUGCUGUCGAGCAAGGACCAGAACGGCCUCACGGCGCUCCACAAGGCGGCCGGCCUGGCGCACACGCGUGUCGUGGAGUACCUGCUGUCCGUCUGGCCGGAGGCCGCCACGGACGUGGACGACUCGGGCAAGCUGCCGCUGCACUGGGCCGCGGCGGCGAAGAACAAUGAGCGCACAUUCAAUCUGCUCGUGCAAGCGGGCGCCGACGAGACGGCCACCGAUAGCAAAAUGCGAGCUGCCGAGUACUACAGGCAGAGGCCGCAGGACAUCGACAGAUCGCUCCUUACCGUGGUGCCCGAGGCGCCGCGCAUCGCUCAGACCGUUGUGCCGGACUUCGACUGGAGCAUAAUAACUGAGCCGAGCAAAUGGGCGGGCAUUCAAACACGAGCAUCAGUCAAAAAAUCGACAUCGCUUAGUUUGGAUGCCAACGGCAAAAGCACUGCUUUAGAAGCUUCACGCGGAGUGCACGACAAAGCGUCGUUCAGUAUCAUUUCACGCAACGGAAGCCUCUCGUCAGACAACGUCGACACGGGCUCGGACGGUCGCACGAGUGUCACCACGCCGGAAACUGUGGAGGUCAACGGGUUCAAGAGCGAGGGUGAAAGCGUAGCAAUUCCAGAAGAGGAGGAAACGAUGCCGGGGAAUUUACAUGAGGCCGCAGCGCGGACUGUUGCUUCUGUCGCACCAUCGGCGAUUUUUGCCAGGUCAGCCAAAGCCACGGACGCGAGCAAGAGACCGCCGACGCCGCACUAUCGUGUUAUUGAGGAGAGUUUUGCAAAUGGCAGCGCAGCUGCCAGGACUGAGAGUGAUGCCAAUGGGAAGGAUGAGGAGUCGAAAGAGGGAAUUUCUGCAAUUACAACGCCACAAGAGAGAUUAGUGUCCCAACCAGAGGCGGUGUCUGACUUUGCGGACACACAAAAUCAGUUGGACACCGUGGAAGAGAAGUCGCUGGAGGGCGUGGAAAUUGAAACAAUCCCGGUGAACGGAGAAGUGAACAAUAAUGAGGAUUUCGGCCUGGAGACCAUCAAGGACGAGGAGGUGAACGGAGCCGCUGAAGAGCAACAACCCGCGACGGAGGAGAAGGACGAGAGUCCCUCGGAGAGUCCCUCGAGGGAGGGCGCGCAGGAGACUGAGAGAAGUGACCCCGAGGUGAGGGGGAGUCCCGGGAUCAGGUCCCACCUGACUGAUGACGAUGCACCCGCUGAAGCGGAGUCGAUGGCUGAGGGGGAUUCAAUUAAUCGAGUGCCAAGUGCUGAGCAAUGCGACGACAGCGGCGAUACUGUGGGCGGCGACGCAAUUUCCCAGGCGCCCGCCGAGGGGGAGGAAGUGGGGGCGGACGAUGAGGAACUGCAAGAGGUAACACGACAGGAGAUGCACAGUGCAAUUUCUAUGCAAAGAGUGCAAUUUUCUCACUUGACUUCCACCCCUCGACACUCAAUGUUUUGCCCGAUUGUUGCAAAUAACACUGGAAUUUUAAAUAAUGGAAGAGAAAGCGUUUUGCGUUUCUGGAUUUCACCUUGCAAGUUACAUUCAGGGAAAUUUAUGUGUACUGAAAUGAUCAAUUGCCGGGGCGAGGAGCCGCCGGGCGGCGCGAUGGAGAUUGAGGGCAUCGUCCAGGGCGAACCGGCGACUGGACAGCAAUCAGAAGGUGGGAAUCGUGUCGGCGAUGAGAAUGAUGAUGAGCCAGCGGAUCAACAGCAGACUGAUAAGAUUAGAGCUGCUAUCGAGGCGGGGGACAUGGAAUACCUGGCGGCCAUUGUACUCGAUGGCCAGGGCGGCAAAUUGAUGGGACUCGAGACGACUCAGCCCGAGAUUCAGGCGUUCCUCGACAAUGUUUCGGCGUACAUGGCUAAGAUUCGACGAGUACACUUGGCGGCGCGGGAAGGGAACUUGAGGGAUCUUCAGUCAGCCCUCGAUCGACGCAAGUUUGCCGUCGCCAAGGACGAAAUCUCACCGAACGGUGCGACGCCUCUUCACGUGGCCACGAUCUUCGGUCACACGGGAAUAGUGAGAUACCUGGCAGGUCGCUUUCCAGAGACGAUGUCUGCCCUAGAUGAGCAGAAGAGGACACCCUUGCACUACGCGGCGACCAUUCAGGACAACGGACACUUCUACAACCUCCUGGUGCACAUGGGCGCUAAUCCAAAGGCCCUGGAUGAGGAGGGCAACGCGGCGGAGUUCUACAUGAUGCACGACCGUGCGGAGAAGUUUCUCUCGCACAAGCAACUACUGCGCAACUUCGGCGUGCAGGAGCAGGUGGCGGAUGAGAUGUUGAACGAUCAAGUGCCGGAUGAUGUCCACAGCGCGCGACGUCUGCUCGAUGAUGCUGACAUACUGUCCACGCUUGAGCGGUGCUUCAAGCUCAUUCACGACAGCAGCCGCACGCCGUCCUUGGCGGAAAUGCCCGCGCGCAACAUUAUCCCGGGCAGCCGGACGUCGGCUCGCGUGACUGUUGUCAACAACCUGGGCCGCUAUCUUAAGCGGAACGUCUUCGAUGCGGUCAAGAUGCGCCAGACGCGCCUGGAUCACAAUCUCUUCGACAUCAUCUGGCCGGCGAUGAAGAAGACCCACCAGCUGCGCCUCAUCGAUGACGAUGCCGAGGCAGGAGUUGUGAUUCCGGACUUUGACUGCUAUGUGGUGUUCAGGGAGUUUCUGGUGCCACUCAUAAAGGACAUCCAUUGUCUAGAUGUGUCUCAAAACCUGAGACCGCAUCCGACGAGCAACUUUUUCCCAGGCGGAUUGCAAGACAAUGCUCCGGCUGAGGUAAAGAGUGAGGAAUCAAGUCUCGAGCCUGAUGCCCUGAGGGACAUCCAUCUGAAUCUCGAUCCUUCUGGAAAGUACAUCAAAUCGACUCUGGUUGAGUGCUGUCGAAACUUGGAUGUUUUCGAACUGCCCUUGAAUCUCACAGUUGCUCAGCUUGAGCAUGUCGAGAGGAUCUUGACUGGAAGAUUGCUGAGCAGGGACUUUUCCGAGGCCAUCGGAGAAGAGAGUCUCGGACAGUAUUACUCAAUGAACGAAGUGCUUGAGAAUCCGUCGGAGAUCAGGACGAUGUUGUCAGCCUAUGGCCUUUUGAUCCCUCUCUUAGACGCCCAGGAUGCCUGUCAAUUGCCAGAGUCACUGGCCCUCAACGGGCAGUACUGGCCGUACGGCAGAGGAGUCUACGUGAGCGCUUCGAAUGAUCUCGUGGCCUGGAUAAAUUGCCAAGAGCAUCUGCGGAUUCUCUGCUCAACACCCAGCACUGCAGUUGGCGACAUUGGCAUAGCUUUCUCAAAAAUUGGUAGAGCGGUUCAGUUCCUAGACGCAAUCAUCAGCUUCCGCAACACUUACUACCUGGGCAAUCUGACUUCCAGGCCAUCCUACUUGGGCACAGGCCUGCGACUAUCCUACAACAUCUCCCUGCCGCACCUGAUGAAAGAGAGCGACAAUCUGCGCUACCUCUGCACCACAAGAUGCCUUCACAUGACGAAAGCCAAGGCAAAUGCCGCAAGUGUCUUUCAGACCGGCAUGAUAAGGCUGAGCAACAAGCAAAGUGUGGGCGUGACAGAGUGGCGUUUGUUCAUUGACUUCUGCACGGCCGUGGCGAAUAUCCUGCAGCUGGAGAAGGAUCUCUCGUUGACCAACACGAAGCACAUCGCUUCCAUGUUCGUUAACAUCUUCCGCAAGAAGAAGCAUAGCUUGGCCGAGACCAACAACUGACUUUUCCGCAC